CUAAAAGGACUGGAAGGGAAAGCUUGAAGGGAAUACCAGGGGAGAAGACUGUUUUGUUUUCCCUGAGCAAUGAGGACAAUGACCCAGAGCCACACAGCUGCCAUAGGCCACAGGAUUGUGCAGGAUGAGGGAGGGCUCCAUUCCCUCUCUUCAGGUCAUCCUGUGAGGAGUGUGAUGAUCACAGGUAGCCGGGCUGACGUGGGCAUUUCCACGUCUUUCUCUGCUGAUAAAACCACAGGAAUAGUUGUAUGUGGUGUUCAGCCAAACUCUGGUGAGGAGGCUGGACUUCCCAACAGCCAAGUUACGAUGUUUCCUGAGGAUGACAUGGAAAUGACCAAACCCUCCCACGGAGCUUUGGCAGAGAACCCCCUGCAGGGCUGGCAGCCUGCUCCCUCCACCUCCACAGUCCUGUUCUCCAGUUACCAGGAUGCCAUGGAAGUGACCGCGUCUCACUCCAUUCAUCCGGGAAUUGGAGGAGAAUUCUGUGAGGACGGAUGGAUCCUGGCGGAGCAGGGUGGGCAGGAGGCUGCUGCAGGGGGCACAACAGUUGGUUUUGCUUUGGCUGAGGAUAUGGAGAUCACCAAAACUCACACAGCACAGGACCCACAGCCCAUUCCAGCCAUUCCUGCUGAUAAAACUGUUGUGUUUGCCCUCCACCAGGAUGACAUGGAAAUCACUGCAUCCCAUACUGCUACUGUUAAGAACAAUAUCGAUGGAUUUGAGGCCCACCCGAGCACUCAGCACUUACCACAGCACACACAGGCUGUGUUGGGGUCCUCCAGGGGUGACGUGGAUUCCUCGCAUACAAGAGACCUGAACUGUGAAUAUCCCACGAAACCUAAGGAUCAGCCCAGCAUUCCCUCUUCUGCUUCAUCAGUCUCAGCAUUUCCUAAUGAGAAAGGAGCCACCAAGGCCCCCAGUGGCACAACACCAGAUUCCAUUUAUUCUGUCUCACUUCCAGAAAACACUAUGGAUUUCCAGGCACCACAGGAUUGUGACCUUCCCAUGGGGAAUUCUGUCCCUGUAAGCAGGCAGCAGGAUCUCACACAGGCAGAAAACCUGCAGUCAAAGGGAGCAUCUUUGGAGCUCCCAGGUAAUGGUCCUGUGGAUUGCAGAGAAGGAAGUGGCGAUUUGGAAUCCCAUGUUGCCCUUCCCAUCCAGGGAUCAGAUCCUUUGAAGGGUUCCCCAGAUUCUUCUGGUACUUGGAGAAGCCAGGUAGUGAAAGAGGAUUUGUCUCAACGUGGAGAUUCAGCUCCAGAUUUGGGCUUGGCUGGAGCAAGCCUCGUUCCAGCUGCUAACAAGGAAUCCAAGGAAAAUGAGGAGCUGUCAGCCAAAGGGGAGACGCCUCCACAAGACCUUCAAAUAAACUCUGAACAAACCGAGCAACCUUUGGUCAGUGACAAUCUUUCACUGGAAUUAAUGGGUAUUUUAAAUGUUUGUUCAAAACUGAAGGAUCUGAGGAGGAAAUCUGCAGCUUUCUCCGUUUCCCAAACUGCUUUUCCUGACCAGUUGCCCAAAUCCUCAGCUCAGCCAGAGGAUACCUUGAGGCUGGGAAAAACCACUGUCAGUGAGGCAAAUAACUCCUCUGAUAGCAAAGAGCAGGAGAACACAGGUCUGGAAUCUGGAGCUGCUCCCACAAGCAUGGCACCUCAGGAUAAAUAUCCAGGAAUAAAUAUCCCUCUGGGUAUUUUCCAGCCCAAAUUGCCAAACAGGAGAAAUUCUUCUGUUUCCACUGUACAAGACACAAAUGUGAAAUCAGACAGAGCAGAAGCCCCAGUUCCAGUAAGUGCUGGGGAAACCCCAGGUAACAAAUUCACCAGGCAGAACUUCAGCCCCUCUCACUUCAUAGCAGAAGAAUUUCUCCCUGUGUGCCUGGAAGAAAUGGAUUCCAAUGAAUCUGUCAGCUCUGAACUCGUGGAAAAGGUUUGUGAGGACAUAAGCAAAAACCAAAUCUGCCACCAGGAAGAGGAUCUG